AUGGAUCUCAAAUACCUUUUAAUUUUGUUGUUUCUUGUAUUCUUUAUUUCUUCUGUUCACAAUCAAGCAGUUUAUGAAUGUGACUAUAAUACUACAUGUAAAUGUCCUAAACUCCCACAGGGACAAUAUUGUGGUGGUCAAAUUGGAUGCAAUCCGAACAAUGUAUAUGAAUGUAAUCCUUCUGGCGGAACCUGUGAAUAUGGUUAUAGAAUAUCAUGUGCAUGUUGUGGGAAAUUAACAUGUCAUCCGGAUGAAACUAUAACAGUUACUGUAACGAAGCAUGUGACUGAUACUUUAUCAGUCACCGUAACAACAUCUUUGACAACAACUCUUACUAAAACAGAAAUACUUACUGUUACAACACCUGUAAUGACAACGGUAACAAAAACGGAAACAACAACCAAAACAGCAACCAAAACAACAACUGAAACAACAACGAUAACAACAACCGAAACAACAACCAAAACAACAACCGAAAAAACAACGGUAACAACAACCAAAACAGCAACCAAAACAACAACCGUAACAAAAAAAGUUCCUUUCGUAACUAUUACAAUUCCAUGUCACCCUAUCAAUGAUCCAGGGUCACCGUCAUUUAUUAAAAUGCUUGAUAGUAUAACAGGUAUAUUAGUUAUAAUUUUUGCCACAAUGUGGGUAUGCUUAUUUCAUAGACCAUCUCAGGAACGUGAUGAAAUAAG